AUGGGGUCUUCUCGAGAAGCGCAAGGUCUGUACCGCUUUCCCUACACCGGUGCACGCCCAACUGACAGCAUGAAGGACUACAAACUCCGCGCGCACGAUCACAAAGCCAAGCAAGCACGCCUCAAGAUCCUCAAAGAGAAAGCUAUGGAGCGCAACCCCGAUGAGUUCUCCUUUGGUAUGAUGAGCAGCACGGUCGACAAGUCGGGCAGAAAAGUUGCAGAUCGUGGGAACAAGAGUCUAGAUAUGGAUGUGGUGAAGCUUCUGAAGACUCAGGACGCCGGGUAUAUACGGACUAUGCUGCAGAUGGUCCGGAAAGAGAGAGAAGAUUUGGAGAGGAGGCUGAAGGAGGAGCAGGACGAGUUCGACGACGAUGAGUGGUUUGGAAAGGGUGGGGAACUGCCGAGGAGGGUGGGCAGCACGGAGAAGGACGAGGACGACGAGGACAAGGCGACACCAAAGGAACGGAAGAGGCUGUCGAAGAAGCAACAAGAAGCUCAAGAACUGGCACGAAAAGACCAGCGGACCUUCAUGAGCAAGAGACAAAGGACACAAGAGCGGGCUGCAACACAUCUGGAAGCGGUCAAAGCUCGAGAGCGCGCUCUUAUGGCUGCCGAAGAGGAGUUGGAGAUUCAGCGUGCUAAGAUGAAUCACACGGUUGGUGGAGUCAACAAGAAUGGCGUUAAAUUCAAGAUCCGGGAGCGGAAGCGAUGA